AUGGGUGCUCUGGUGCUCGAACCGAAGAAGCGCAGGCGCGCCACGACGGGUCGUAGCAGGAACAACGAGCCCACACCCGCGUCUACGCCUGGCCCAAGUCCUGCGCCGCGUUCGCACACCGAGACGCCCAAGCCGUACCAGCAGCAGCAACAGCCGUCUGGGUCGUACCGCCCGUACAAGGGUCGCGAGACGCCCGAGGCAGGUAGCAGCGGACCGAACCAGAGCCAGAAGCCGAGUUUACCCGAGUCGACCGAUGGCGUCCCGAACCGUGUCGUCGAUGAGGACUACGACGAGGGUGUCGCAGAGAUGCUCAUCGGCCGACUACCGCGGUAG